UCGAAAUCAAGGGGGAAAAACUGCAUUAUUUAAAGCCUCGCACUUUGAAGUCAACCCGAGGAAGCCUGUCCUACCCCAGUGCAGCUAUGCCCAGCAGCUCACUCUCACCAUAUCUGAAGAGGAGGUUUUCCCGGAACAGCAGCACUGUGAGCAGGAGUGGAGCCCCAGUCUGGUUCAGGAGGACCCAGAGCCCACACUGAUUAAAGAGGAACAGGAGGAACUCAGAACCAGUCAGGAGGAAGGGCAGCUUGAAGGGCUCUUUGAUACUAAAGACUCCAUAUUCACUUCUCCCUUUAUGGAAAGUGACUGUGAUCAGGAGGACCCACCUCAGCCCUCACAUCUUCACCAAACCCAAACUGUGGAGGACAGAGAGAGGGACUCUCUACUCACCUACACAACUGAAGAGAUCAAAACAGAACCAGAUGGAGAGGACUACAGAGUAUCAGAACCAACCAGUGACUCUCCGCCCCUCUCUGCAGUAAAUCCAGACUGUUCUGCAGCUCAGAGUGAAAACAGGGAAAGUGAUGAUGAGGAGAGAGGAGGACUACUGUCAGGGUCUAAGACACUCAAAUCAAUGACAAAACAGACAAAGAAUGGAGAAAGGUUCCAUACCAGUGCUGGAGGCAGGACGGAGACCAUGUUGCCCUGUUUGACAUCAUCUAGUCAAACGGAUGCUGCUCCUUAUUGUUGGAAGGUCACCACAGGCCUGAACCAAGCUAAUACAAGAGUACGUCCAGCUGCUGACACCAUAGACCCUCCAAAGCCACCCAAAGUGCUCCGUACUGGAGUUAGUGAUGAAGUCCGCACGGAUCAAAUUGAACACUGGCCAGUGAAGUGUGAGACCCGGGGUCGCUGCAAAGUCUGCCAGAAAAAUGUAACAAAUACCCUCUGCCAGAAAUGUGACGUGAGACUGUGUUUCACCUUUGAGAGGAAUUGCUACAAGUUGUACCACAUGCCUUAGUGCGGGAGAUAAUGGCCCACUGACAGGAUAAACAACUGGGUUUCAGAAAUAAUGAGUUAGGCUUCAUAAUGAAUGUUUACAUUUCAAUGGUUUUAUUACAUUGUAUUGCUAUUGUUGUAUUUAAGCGCAAUGUUACACAUUGAUACACACACUCUCUCUGUCUUCUGUCUUUAUCAGAGUAAAAUAUGUUAUAUGAAUUAUUAUUGAGAUUUUGUGUAUUUAUGAAGAUUUUGACGUUUCUUUUGCAUUUCAGGAUUUAACUCAGGGUUAUACUUUGUUCACAUUUAAAUAAAGCUGUAAGAUUUGAUAAACUGAGUGUUUUCUGUGUUUUGUAUUUAAGAGACAUAUUGUUGAAAUAUGUUACAGUAUAUGUAAUAUGUUAUUUGGGUCUUCUUGGGCAGUCCUAAUCACAGUUUAAUUGUCAUGCAAGGAAAACUGGGUCUGGGUAUCUAAGGGUUAAAUGUCAUUUGAGAACUCAUACAGGGGAGAAAUAGUUUAGGUGUCAAGAAAAAAAAAUAUUCGGUUUUAUGAAUGUUGAAUGAAUGUUUUUUUUCAAGAAAAAAUUAUACUGAAGAAAAAUAUAAACGCAAAAUGUAAAGUUUU